CAUGAUGAUGCUCUUUAAUAAAUCCACAUGUAUAUAUUCUCAGAUGUGUCACCUGGCGAACACACAGCUGAACAUUGCGGCUGCGCAGAGCACCAGGAAGCUUUGUGUCCAGGUGAGGAGCCUGUCACACCUCACAGGGAUCCCUCCGCUCAACAAACACACUGUGCGUCCCAUCUGUCCGCCUGCUGUCAGAUGUGUAGAGAACAGAGUGGAGGAUGUCUGUUGGAGGAGGAGGAGGAGCAUCCACCUGACGGCUCCAAGGCUGGAGAAACCCCACCUGGCUGACGAGACGUUGGACUCUCUGGCUGAUUACUUUGAGGACCUGAUGGAUGAAGCUUUCACUGGAGCAGACUACGACGUGCUGACAGUAAAGAUAGGCGAGGACCACGGCACCUACGUCAUCAACAAACAGACUCCAAACAAACAGAUCUGGCUCUCUUCUCCCACCAGCGGGCCGAAGCGUUACGGCUGGACGGGCGAGCGCUGGGUCUACUUUCACGACGGCCGGAGCCUCCACCAGCUGCUCUCUGAGGAGUUCUCCGUCAUCUUUAACAAACACAUGGACCUCUCUGAGCUCCUGUACUCCUGAGACCACACACCUGCUGAACACCUUCAGACCGUCCUGCAGAACCAGCACUGUGACGCACCGGAGCACUGAUUAAACACAGACACAAACACCUGUCACUGUCUUUAGGAGAGCAGGUGUCCAUGACGACAGAGAUGUAAACAUGUGAGCUGUAAUGUUUAUGUUCUCAG